AUGAUUAAUUAAAAAGUGCUUGUUCAACUCAAAGACAAUUAUCAACCUGGCAUCCUUGUAGCCAAAGACAAGGUCCAAUUGGAUGAUGGUUAAAUUGUUUUGACCAAUUCAAUCAUUGACAAUACCAUACCUAACACCAACAUACAUCAGAUUAUACACUAAUUGCUAAACAACAAAUCAGUCAAUAUCAACGACUGCUUAUUCCUAAUGGUAAACAAUUCAGCCAUUUAAUUUUAAUUUAAUUGCAAUGAAAGUUACUGCUUUCAAAUUUCAAAUUCAAAUAUUCUCUCAUUUAAUCAUCUAAUAGAAUAAAUCGAUCAUAAAUAAUCUAAAUUAUUAUAGAGUUUAAUUAUUUUGAAUGAACUUUUCAAAUUUAAUUCAAAUGAUAACAACUUAAUUACCAUUUUUAAUAACAACUGUUUUCAGUAUAAAUAUUUUAAUAUUUCAAAUCGAAUUUUUGCUAAAAAUUUUAAAUUUCCUAUUUUGAAUUUAUUUUAUAAUUAACUUACAAAUGAAAAUAAUAACUAUAUAACCAAUUCAAAUACCUAAACUUAAUAUUAAUAUCCCUUUUAGUAAAUUGAAGAAUACAACAAUUACAUUUUAUAGGAUCUUUUAAAAUCAAUUAAUCAGAUUUCAACCUUCUAACUUCUAUCCAAAUUAUUCUCCUCUAUAUUACUGCUUCAAAUGAUUAAAUUCGAUCAACUCCAACAGCAAUCAGAAUUAAUCAAUAAAAUUGAAUCCAACCUUGAUUUAGGUGCUUAAUCAUUAUGCACAGAAUUGACUAUCAAAAAGAGAAAAAUGGGGAACAAAUUUAUUGAAUAAUAAAUGAAUCAAUAAGAAAUGGAAAUAAUCAAAGAUUAAAUUUCUACCUUCUUAUAUUAUCUAGCCAGGCAGAUCACCUUUAAUACGAACUAAGUGAAUAAUAAUGAUACUUAAACCUUUAUUAGUUUAUUGUUUUAUUCUUCAUUCAAUACAAUUCAAACUAACUUAGAAGCAUUAAUUGAAAAUUAUUCCAUUGAAAAACUCAAUUACUAAUUUUAUAAUCGAAUUAAAAUCGAAAGGGAACGAGAUUUGAAGGAAGUCUAAAUUCAAUUUGCUCAAAUUACUCUAACGACAAAUCUGUAAAUCAUAGAGCUUUUUGAUAAAAAGACUGUUGGUUUAAUUGGAAUGAUUGAGGAGCAUACUCUGACUAAUACAGAGGAAGGGAAACUUAUCGAAAAGAUUAAAUCUCUUUAGAGAACAUAUGUUAAAUAGAUGAAAAUUUAACCAUAGAAUCCACAACUGUUUACAAUCAACCAUUCAUAUGGCUAGAUUAAUUAUAGUGUUGCUGAGUUUAAAGUAUAAAAUAAAUUUGAAUCUUUAUCAAAAGUUGCAGAAUUCAUUUAAAGUUCAAAAGAUUAAGUAAUUUCUUCAAAUGCUCAAACAUUAAAUGUGUAAUAUAAAACCAACAUUGAAUAAUAUCAGAAUUACAUGACCAAAAUUAAUGAGGAAUAAGAAAAGUGUAAUCAGAUUAUGGUUCAUCAAAUGAAAAAUUAAAAUUAUUAAGAUAUUCUCAAAUAACUAGAAUAGUACAAUAUUCAAAACUAUCUAAAUUAUUAUUAUUAAAUCUACCCUUAUAGAUAUGAAGUAUAAGAUUUUGUAGAUACAAUAAAUUAAAUCUAUUUUGUUCCUCCUUAAUUUACUUUAUAAGAAAAGUUAUCCUAUUGCUAAAAGAAGAUUUAUUAAAUUGAUCAUCUUGUUAGUGCUAAUAAUCUGCUCUUUCUUACAUUGGAGUAAUAAUUAAAAAUUGAGACUAUCAACGACAAUUGUGUUACCAAAUUUAUCAAUUUCAAGAAAUUAUUGAAGAAAAACUAUCGUUCAUACAUUUUAAGAAAAAAAUUAAAACCCAAGAUUAGAAAAAUAAAGAUUAUGAAUGCUAUCGUUUAAUUAUAAUAAGCUAUAACAAAAACUGGGGCGAUUUUAUAAUGGAAUCAUGUGAUUUAAGAUAUAUAAUUCAUCUAAUACUCAGUGAGGAAAUAUUUAUAAAAGCAGGCAUUUAAGAAAUAGAUGUUUGCAAGGUCGAUUUUGAGAUCUGUAAUUGAUUCAGUAUGGGUUAAAGUUGAAAAUUUGAUGGCAAUUAAAUUAUAAAAGAUUUUUAGAGGCAAUAAAAUUAGAUCUUAAAAUAAUGAAAUAAUAAGUCAAGUCAAACAAAAAAUGAUUGAAUUCAUAAAAUUAAAAAAAACAAUUUUUAUCUAAAAAAACAUUAGGAAAUAUUUGUGUCAAAAAUAUUAUAACUAAUAAUUAAAUAAGAUCAUAUCGGUUUAAAGUUAAUGGAGAAUGUUAAAAACUAGAAAAAACUACUUGAAGGUCAAGAAUUAAAUUAUAUUUAUUUAAAGACAAUUUAAACCAAUUAUUCUUAAGUCCUUAGUGAAACAUAAAGAAUUUUUAAACUUUGAGAAAAAGGAGACAAUCUAACUCAAUGAAUUCUUAAAAAAUAAUAAUAAAAAUUUAUUAGAUUACGAAAAAUUACUAAAUUAAUAGUUUGAUGAUUAAAAGAUUAGGAUAUUUUAAAUAAUUCUUAAUCUAGAAUUUUUGGUUGAUUUGACAGACGUUUGCUUUGGUUGGCUAUAAAAUUACAGUUUAUAUUGGUCAUAAUGUUUUCAUAAAAAUAAACCAAUAUAAUUCUUGGAGGUUUCUGAGACCUAGACCUUUGCGGUUGAUGCAGUAGGCAAAGUGUAUCAAUGGGGAUUGAUUGAUGAUGUAUUAAUUUAGAGCAAUGUAAAGUAUUUUUAAUCAGGUGAGAAUUUAGCAAUUUAUUAAAAUGAUAAAUGGAAUUGUUUAAGCCUUGAUGAGAAAUAAGCUAAGCAAAAUAUGGCUUCUAAUUAUUCAUCUAUGUAUAUUAAGAGUAAUCACAUGUUUGGAUAUAAAGAUAAUAGUAUUGAUAGUUUUAUAUAUUCAACAAAUUAAGCAUUAAGAAAUAGUACUUUAGAAUUUAAAAAGCCAAUUGAUUAAAUAUCCUGUGGACAUAAUUUUAUCCUCUAUCUUACAAAGGGGUAAUUGUGGUCAGUCGGUUCUAAUAAGUAUGGGUAAUUGGGUUUGGGAGAUUACAAUGAUAGGAAUACACCAAGUUAAGCAUAAAUUGAAAACGUGAUUUGGAUAGAAUGUGGUUAGACACAUGCAGUACUAAAAACUUUUAAAAAGUGCUUUGGAGUCGGAAAUAAUAAAUACGGAUAGUUAGGGUUACAUAAAAAAUGUUAUAAUUCUCCUUAAUGCCUAAUCAGUCCUAUGAAUGAAAAUGUCUUAUCUAUAUCAGCAUCUUAUAGAGGCACAUUAUUUAUAUCAGAGUCUAAUAAAAUCUUUAUGACAGGACAAUUUUAUACAAUAUAUUGA